AAGAGUGAGCGAGGCAGAGGCACAGAGCGAGAGAGACCGAGCGUGAGGGAGCGAAAGACCACCACCACCAACAGCCAGCCAACGCACGUAAACAACUCCCACCACCUCCUUCACCCCCAUCAUCAUCCCCUUUCAUCACCAACACACAAACAAAGACUCCCACCCAUAACACACGCUUCAUCGCCCAAUUCAAUCCCCACACAAAACCAACUCCUCCAUCGCGUCUUCUUGUCUUCAUUGCCAACAAUGUCGAGCGACAAGGGAGCUACUGCCGCAGCUGGCAAUGACUUCAAGACUACCGUCAAAUCGGUAGACAUGUCGGAGGAGAUGCAAAUGUACGCUCAAGACAUUGCCAAGAAAGCCAUGAAGGAGAACAACGUGGAGAAGGAUAUUGCUCAGAUGAUAAAGAAGGAGUUCGACAAACAAUACGGCAACACAUGGCACUGCAUCGUCGGUCGUAACUUCGGAAGCUUUGUCACUCAUGAGACGAAGCACUUCAUCUACUUCUAUGUCGGCAACCUCGCUGUUCUCCUUUACAAAACCGCCUAGGUUAUUACUUUAGGCCCGCACUUGAUCCACUUUUUGUCUGAUGGUAUUGUGGUUUAGAGGGGAGGUGUUAUUGUAGGAGGGAGGAGGAAGGGAGGGCGCAUUCGUGAACUCUUUAGGCUACGCAGUUACGUGUAGGAGUAUGAAUAUGUCCCAUUGUAAUUCGUCAAUCCUACUUUGUAUCGACAGCUUUCGUGGUGGUGAUGCGACUUUUACCUUAUUCUUUGUUCUUUGUCGAUUUUUUGACUUUCAUUUCCCUAUCAUCACAAUGUCUCACUCGAAUAUAAUUGCAUGUGUAAAAUUGGU